AUGAGUGAACAACACUUUUGGAUGAUUUAUUUCAUUUUGUUGCUUCCAAGAUUGAAAGACGACGAUUAUAUGCUUCUAUCAACCCUAGAGAUUGUACAAAUACACGAGGUGCUUCUGCAAAAACUGAGAAACAAGAAUAAUACAUCCAUGGAGUUAACAGAGGAUACUAAUGGAAAUACAAGUUUAUCUGAAAAGGGUAGUGAGGUAAAUAGCACUGAAGAAGCCAACAAGACUACUAAGAGUGAAACCCUUGAGGAUGAUGUUUCUUUCAGUGAUCUAGAAGAUGAAGAUAAUGAUCUUUCUAGUAGAUUAUCUAGUAUUAGACAAAGAGAAAGUAGCAGGGUUUCUUCAGCUAGUGAAGCAAGUGAUUGGAUUCAUCUUAAUGAAAGAAAAGCAAACCAAUCAAGGCAUUAUUCAGAAAGUGAAGAGUCAAAUGAUUGGCAAGCUGUAGGGGAUGUUGAUCUUUUAUCCUAGGGUUCUACUAAAUUGAAGAGAGUCAUGCAAACAAUUCUUUCAUUAGGAAAUGCAUUGAAUCAAGGGACUGCAAGAGGGCCUGCGAUUGGGUUCAGGUUGGAUAGCCUGUUGAAACUUACAGACACACGUGCAAGGAACAAUAGAAUGACAUUUAUGCAUUAUCUUUGUAAGGUGCUUGCUGACAAACUACCUGAAGUUCUUGAUUUUUCCAAGGAUCUUCAAAGUUUGGAACCUGCAGCAAAGAUGCAGUUGAAAUACUUGGCAGAGGAAAUGCAAGUUAUUACCAAAGGAUUAGAGAAAGAAAAACAUGGGAUCAAUAGUUUGGAGCUUCCUCUAAUUCAGCAUACACAGUUGCCUGAUCUGGAUAAACUUGUUUCCCUGUUGAGUGGUGAGAGAGGAUUAAAAGGAAGGAAUCUUAUAGAAUAUAAUGUUAAAAACGUUGAUGAAGUCCUCAAGCUUCUACUGCAGAAAUUUUUAGAGAUAAAGUAUGUGUAUGCAAUUGCUGAGAAGUUUACAUACAAAUAUGAAGGAUCAUAUGUAAUUCCUGGUGUUCAAGAUGAUGUGGCAUCAACAUCAGUAUCACAGAUAGAAUCUGUUCAGCUUACAGAAGGGCAUAUUAUUUUCACUUCGAACAGGGCGGAUUUACUACAGAUGCAAUCAGUUCAUGUUUUGAAGUUUUUGAUGGAAAAGAAUAGUGUUAAUGCUCUUCAUAUGAAAGUAUGUUGGUAGUUUAGGAAAU